AUGGCCAAAGCACUUCUAUACCCUCAAGCGGGUUGUGUUCCUAAAGUUCCCUCUGUCACACCACAACCGAUAAAACAAACAAGUCACUCUGUUGUGGUGACAAACGCAGUGCCCUUCUUUCAGCUCUUAGUAUGCAGAAGCUUCUGUCUGGAGACGUAUCAGGAGAGAAACGUUGGCUUGAAGGUGGUGAAAAUGAUGAUCAUCGUGGUGGUGACCUUUGCCAUCUGCUGGAUGCCAUACCACGUAUAUUUCCUCGUUACAGGGUUGAACAAGCAACUGGUUAGGUGGAAGUUCAUUCAGCAGAUCUAUUUGUCAGUCAUGUGGCUUGCCAUGAGCUCCACCAUGUACAACCCCAUUAUUUACUGCUGCUUGAACAGCAGGUUUCGGGCCGGCUUCAAACGGGUUUUCCGCUGGUGCCCUUUUGUGCGGGUGUCAGACUAUGACGAGCUUGAGCUGCGGGCCAUGCGGCAUAAAGUAGCGCGCCAGAGCAGCAUGUACACACUCUCACGAAUAGAGAGCACCAUCGUAGCUGUGUGUGACCCCUCAGAGCCAACCGGUCACCUAGGCCGAAAGAGCCUUCACCACCACCAGCACAACGGCUGCUCCAACCCUAACAAGAGCAAAGAAGUGACGUAUAUGCCGAGCGACCUGAAGGAGGAAUUCUGCUGAGAUGGACUUUGACGUAAGAUUUGUACUGAAGUACCAAGAACAGCCGUUUUAACAAAGCCUCAUUCUGUAAAUGGGAAGGAGGUGAUGAGAAUUGAAAAGUAGACUGUUUAUUUGUCAUAUCGUUAAUUGAAAAUAUGAGUGUAUAACACAUAAACAUCAUCCUCAUACAGUAAUGUUUUGUGGCGUAUGUCUGGUGCGCUAUGCCUUAAAAAAAAUUUGAGUCACCCCCAGCACUCAUCACCACAAAGACCAAUAUUGUCCAGCAUCUGAGGAGCACUUUGUCUAUAGCAGAAAUUGUAGAUAGCGGCUGCCCUUUGAUGCCAAUCAGGUCCUCUUUCAUCAUGUGGUUAGCAAGGACAGCAUGCUACCUGAAUGCCAAAGUUUUGAUUUCUCCCUGGAGCUCAACGCUCAAUUCUUGUUAAAAUCUCUCAUGUUUGAAAAGGUUGAGACCGAUCCUGAGCUGGUAAAUAAGCAGGUGUGUUUCCAGCACACGAGCUGCUUGGCUGAAUCGUGUAGGGAAAUUUGUUAGCUUCAUAUUCUUUCCUGUUUCAUCUAAAACAUUUAAUGUAAUUGAUGAGAUGGUAAACCAAUUGUGCAUCAUCGUAUUAGCAUAACAAAGAUCAAUUUUGAAAUUUGACCUUGUAGACUGCUACUGCACUAUAUGUAUGUACAGUAUGGUAUAUAUUUUCUGUUUGCAUGGAAUAGCUGGAUGACUUGUUCAUUUGGCAGAGAGCACUGCAUGGGAUGCUGUAUCCCUUUCGUGCAAUGCAUAUUACUUUUCAUGACCAUUCAUUUCCAGUGUGAUGAAAGAACCGUCAGUUUUCUUUGUUGUUACUUGGUUUCGUUGGUCUGCUGAUCAAAUUUUUAUUUUUAUUUUACAAUAACUAGACGCUAUAUGCUAAAUUAAACAUGGACAGAGCAAGGUCUUGACAAAAUAAUGUAGCAUGAUGCUGUUUGAAAUGUUUGCAUAAUGU